AUUAAAAAAGUUCGAUAACAGGAACUCUUGAAUUAUCGAGUCGGAACUUAAGAUCUAUUUCAUCUGAUUCUAACAGUACAAGUUAACCACUGAAAUAAUAAAAACAAAAGUUCUCAUUGUUAAAAACAACGUGGAAUUGUUUUAUCAAAUUAAAGUUUCUGACACUUGUUAAUAGACAGUUUCACCUACUAGUUCUCUUUUGAUAUUUUUGGUGUGAUGUGAACCGGUCACACUAGUUGCCACUAGGAAAAGCCAACAAACUAGCGGUCACUCUAUUUUUGAGUUCGAUUCGAGAAGGUUGUGUUGCUCCGACGCGCAAAUUGCAAAGUAAAAAACUUCGGAAAAAUAAGAGAUUGCGAGUGAAACGAGAAUAUUAAAAUUUUUCUAAGUUACUUGUGUUGUUGUGCAUGUCAAAAACAGUAGUGUCAACGAAUUCCUUUGCAUCCUAUCCAAAGCAACAGGAAAAGUGCAUUUCGUGAGCGGCAAAUCGACUCAUUUUUUCGUCAAUUCAGCUCGGCACGGAUUGCAGCGCUGCAUCUUGUGAAUAAUAACGAAGUGCGAUAACCAAUUAAUUAACCUUCAAAAGACUAACCCGUGUGAAAAUAUCGCUUUAAAAUUCGAAAAACAAUCCAACACAAUUUAUAAUCGCGUGUUGCAAGUAAAAACGGGAGUGACCGACAGAAAGCCGCCUGCUAUGAAAACGGGCGCACAAUGCUGCUGAAGAAGAAGCGCUAUAUGCACGACGAGCGAGACGGCGCUAUUGACUCGUUCGUCGCCGUCGAGCCAAGCAGCAACAACAACAAAAUGGCCGAAACACGCGAAGUGCGCAUUGAAGAGCAAUUAAAAGUGAAAAUUGGCGAGGCAAAGAAUCUGAGCAGUCGCAAUGCGGCCAACACAAGCUGCAGCACACAGGGCACCCGCGAUGUCUUCUGCACAAUUGCGCUGGACCAGGAGGAGAUCUUCCGCACACCGACCAUCGAACGCACACUGAUGCCGUUCUUCGGCGAGGAGCACCAGUUCAAGAUCCCGCGUCGCUUCCGCUACCUGACCAUCUAUCUGUGGGAUCGGGACAUGAAGCAGGACAAGCCGAUUGGCAAGAUAGCGAUCAAGCGCGAGGAGCUGCACAUGUACAAUCACAAGGACCAUUGGUUCUCCCUUCGACCAGUCGAUCAGGACUCCGAGGUGCAGGGCAUGGUGAACGUGGAGGUUGCCUUCACGGAGGCCCAACAACAGAGCCAAUCGCUGGCGGAGAGCAUCGAUCUGGUGCAGCACACACUGGGGCACAGCCAACACCUGUCGACGCACCUCCACCACCAGCACCAGCACCACAAUCUCCAGCAGCAGCGGGCGCAACUGAACGAUUACAAGGAGAACAGCGAACUGAGCAACAUCCAGCAGCGAUCGGCAGCUGCUGCGGCGGCGGCCUCUUCGACCGCAGCAAUGACGCUGAAAACCCGAGCUGCUGGACUAUUUGGUCACGUGCAUCGUCCGCCAUCGCAGCACAUUCAGACGAUCAACAGCACAUCCUCCACAUCGGCGGAACAGCUGGCCGGCUGGAAGUCGCAUGCGAGAAGCGUUGGCGUCACCAUCAAAGUGCCCACCUGCGUGGAUCUCUCGAAGAAGCAGGGCACCUGUGAUCCCUUCGUGGUCUGCACCGCGCACUACAGCAACAAGCAGCAGGUGACGCGAAGGACGAAGCAGCGCAAGAAGACCGUCAAUCCGGAGUUCGACGAGGCCAUGUACUUUGAUCUCCACAUCGAUGCCGAGCCGGGAAGCACAAAUACCACUGGUAGCAACAAGAGCACCGGUUCCCUGGAAUCCACCGCCAACAAGGGCUAUGCCAUCUAUCCACAGGGCGUGGCGGAUCUGGUGGAGAUCGUGGUCAGCGUGUGGCACGAUGCACACGGAGCGAUGUCCGAUAAAGUCUUCCUUGGGGAAGUGCGGAUACCGAUGCUGAAUGCCAAGGAGCAACAGGCGGUUCCAUCGUCGGCUUGGUAUUAUCUGCAACCGCGCUCCAUGACGCACAGUUGUCGCUCGCUGAACGCCACGCCCCGCUCAUGUGCCACGCCCCCGGGGACGAGAUUGAGCGUGGACUCGACCAUCGGAUCGCUGCGACUGAACCUCAACUACACCGCCGAUCAUGUCUUCCCGCUGGCCACCUACGAUGAUCUGCUGAAUCUUUUGGCGGAGUCGGAGGAUCAGCGACCCAUCACCGUGUCUGCUGUUUCCAUACUCGGAGAGUUAGUCUCCGGCAAGACGGAGGUGGCCCAACCGCUCGUUCGGAUCUUCACGUACAAGGAGCGCAUUGCGCCGAUCAUCAAGGUGCUGGCGGAUCACGAGAUCUCCCAUCUGACAGAUCCCACCACCAUCUUUCGGGGCAACACGCUGGUCUCCAAGAUGAUGGACGAGGCGAUGCGGUUGUCCGGCCUGCACUAUCUCCAUCAAACACUGCGUCCCGUUCUCUCGCAGAUCGUGGCCGAGAAGAAACCCUGCGAGAUCGAUCCCAGCAAGAUCAAGGAUCGCUCGGCGAUAGACACGAAUCUGCACAACCUGCAGGAUUACGUGGAAAGGGUUUUUGAGGCGAUCACAAAGAGUGCGGAUCGAUGUCCGAAGGUUUUGUGCCAGAUCUUCCAUGACCUGCGCGAAUGUGCGGGCAAGCACUUCCCCAGCAAUCGCGAGGUGCGCUACUCCGUGGUCUCCGGCUUCAUUUUCCUGCGCUUCUUUGCUCCGGCCAUUCUGGGACCGAAACUCUUCGAUUUAACCACCGAGCGACUGGAUGCACAGACGAGUCGCACGCUGACCCUGAUCUCCAAGACGAUCCAAUCGCUGGGCAACUUGGUCAGCUCCCGAUCGUCGCAGCAGACGUGCAAGGAGGAGUUCACCGUCGAGCUAUACAAGAAAUUCUGCACGGAGCAGCACGUGGAGGCGGUCAAGCACUUCCUGGAGGUAAUCUCGACGCCCAACAAGGCGAGCAGCAGCAUUCACACACUGAUGGAUUCGACUCCCCUGGAACCAGUAUUACUUAAAGAGGGCGAGGGCAUGAUGACCAAGUAUCCCACGUCCCGGAAACGCUUCGGCCGGCAGUUCAAGCAGCGCUACUUCCGCCUCACCACCCGCUCGCUCAGCUACGCGAAGUCGAAGGGCAAACAACCCAUCUGUGAUAUACCGCUCCAGGAGAUCGCCAGCGUGGAGCAGCUGAACGACAAGAGUUUCAAGAUGCAGAACUGCUUUAAGAUUGUGCACAACGAUCGGGCGCUGAUUGUGCAGACAACGAAUUGCGUGGAGGAGCGCGAGUGGUUCGACCUGCUGCACAAGAUCCAGCAGAUAAACUCACUGCGGACGCGCUACAUGCAUACCUCGGCCUUUGUUGGUGGCUUCUACAGCUGUUGCGGCCGCUCGGAUGAGAGUUCGCCCGGGUGCAAUAAAUACUCGGACACGCAGAUCAACUACUUGCAAAUGGAUUUGGUGACGGCGCUGGAUCCCCCGCUCGAUCUGCAGCGCAUCCACACGCUGAUCAUGUCCAACAUGAGCGUGCUGGAGUCGCUGCUCGAUCCGCUCACCUACCACCAGCACCUGUCGCAGACGCAGCACCAGCAGCACAAUCCCCUCGUGCCGCUGGCCACCGAUCUGCAGAAGCAUUCACCGCACGCCUUCGCGGAGUUCAAGCGCACCAUUGAGAAGCUGCGGGAGAAGGCGUACGCCAUCGACAAGGAUCACCGGGACUACAAGCAGGGCAUCACGGGCCAGCUGAAGUAUGGCAGCAAGGAGGCGCCCAUUGGCGAUGACAACUACUGUCACAUGAUGCGAGCCGCCGGCCAGUUGAAUCAGCAGCGUCAGAACCAGCAGCAGCAACAACAACAGCAGCAGCAACAGCAACUGCAACAGUUCCAGCCGCAGCAAGUGCUGCCGACCAUGCAGAAUGUUCGAGCGUAUCCUUAUCAGCCGGCGGCAACGAGCAAUAUGAACGCCUACUAUCUGCACAACCUGCAGCAUCAGCAUCAGCGAAUACAGUUCCAGCAGCAACAUCAGCAGCAGCAGCAGCAACAUCAGUCGUCGAUGCAGCAGCAACAGUCGCAGUUUCAGCCGCUGCGCAGCCACCAGCUGCAGCGGCACAACAACAACUUGAACAACAAUAACUGCGGCAAUGCCUCGUCCUCCAGUCCGUCGUCGACGACCUCCAGCGUGGUGGCUGCACCACCGAGCACCACAUCGUCAUCGCAGCCGGCGCCGCCGAUUUAUUAGCGUUCAAGGUUGUGCGUAUUCGCCUUGCCGCGGGCCAUCAUCACGACCAGGUGAAGGAAGGAGUACGCAUAGGCAUUGUGGACACCGAGGAGCAGGAGGAGGAGAAGGAGAAGGAGGAGUUCCAAACCAGGAGAUGCUGCUGUACAAACAGUUUUUUUUUUUUGUGCUAAUUUCUAGGCUCCUUUUUUUGUAUAAUUUUUACGAGUUGUAAAGGUCUAGACUAAGUUUUUUAAUUAACAGAUUUUUAUACACCAGAUUUUUACGGUACCGCCUACACCAGCAACAACAACAGAAACAACAACAAUAUGAAAAGAGAAACAAGAAAGCGAAAUCGAAAUAUUUAUAAGCCUAUUUAUUUUUUGUAUGUGCUAACAUUAUUUAUACACGCAAACAAAACACCCAAUAUGGAAGGAGCAUUUCCACUCUUGUGAGCGCAAAUGGGGCAGAGAACCACUGAAAACUGAUAACUUUAUAAGCCUAAACUACUAAAAAAAACUCAAAAAUUGCUAAGAUUUUUUAAAGCCUAGCCUAAGUUGGAAUACCAUACCAUUAAUGAUUAGUAGCGAAAUGAAAUGAAAUGUAAAUAGCAGAUCCACGAUAUAUAUAUCUUUAUAUUUACAUGUGUAAUAAUACCUACAUUAUACCAGUUAUUUUAGGCGUAGCGAAAAUUUCUAAAAACUAUCUAAGCUAGGCGUGUUGCCCAGAGGCGACUCAAACGAAAAGCAAAUAAUUCUAACAAAAUGUGAAAGCUAUUAUAUACAAGAAACGAGAAAAUGCGAAAAGCAAAAAAAAACACAUACAUCUACAUGUAUAUUUACUUUAUAUAACUGUCAUACAGCUAAUGUUAAACACACGAUACGUAUUCGGCAAAUUGUAGGAUACAAACAAAAAACAUUGUUAAGAACAAAUUUACUUCCAUUUUGCAUACACACAAAUCACAUACACAUACAUACAUUAUACACGCGCACAACUAUAUUUAUUCAAUGCAUUUAAUUUCAUGUUAAACUUAAAAGAAAAACAAGUAAAUUGUUAACGCAAAGAUGAUUUGGUUAGCUUCAACUUACUUCCACCGAUUUGUUUCCAAAGCUCUUCCAAUAUUAAUUAAAUGUCUAGAACUUAUGUUAAUCUAAUUUUUGCCAUAUUUAGUUCAUUGUUCAUCCAUCGCAUUAAAAACGAAUGUGUCUUCCUCCGCCGCGUUUAUCAAAUUGCCUUUUGUUUAUGCAUUCCAAUUAUUUGUGCAUUUCUUAAUUAUAAUAUCUGCAUGAUGUACAUAGAAAUACGAAACGGAGAAACACGACGAGAUGUUGCUAUGAAUUUAAUUUGUUUGCAGUUACCAACUUAGUUCAUUUAAAAUUUCAGUUGCAUUUUAAGAGCAUAAUUUUAGUUUAAUUUUACCAUGCCUAGCUAUUAAGUUGUUGGUACAAAGAAUCGAAAAUAUACACAUCAAGAUAUAUUUUCUAGCGAAAAAUAAAGCGUAUCGCCAAUUGAAA